AAAUUCAACUGUGGUAAAUCGCAACACGCGUUUUUUAGAGUUUGUUAAUUUCGUUUUGAUAUCGAGUGUGAUUAAAGUUGUGUCGAAAAUGGGGAAAAAGAAGCGACUUAAUAAACUAAUCUCAAAGUGGAUAAAAAGUGAUUUGCCAGAGGAUCGUUCUUCAGUCCUUUUACUCAGCGUCAGAAAGGUACCAUCAUCUCCAAAAGUUUCAAAAAGGCCCUUUUCACUUCCACUAGCGUUAGGGGUAGUUUCAAGCUGUUCUAAGUCAUCUCAGAUCAGUCGGAAUCCUUCCUGUGCAUCCAACGGCCGUCGGCCCUCGAUCACCCGUCGGGACUCCAGACGAGUCCUGGUCGCCAAAGGGGAGCGACCCCCCAGAUUCAAACCGGAAGACUGCCCGGAAAAGCGGUUCGGGCGCCACCAAGCCGGAGAACAGACGCAUUCCAGUAGCAUCGAUAACGGGAAGUUGGUAUGCAAAACUCAAAGUUCCGAGAAGAAUAGUGCAUGCAUUAAUGGUGUGAAGAGACUUUUUUCCAAUAAAAACUCUCGUGAAGAACUUAAACAGAACUCUUCUGAAUCGUCACCAAGCGUUGGACGUUUCAAAAAUAUUUUCUUUAAAUCCACUGAAAGACGUCAAAAUGAUUUUGACCCGAAACAAAAAAACACGAAAUUAAUCAAGAAUAACGCAACCGAAGAUCAUUCAGAAUCUUUUACGUAUAAAAAAUUUAGUUCGGCAUUAGACAGUUCACAAUCAACUAUUCCAACUAUAUCGCUUCCACCUUUAUCAACAUGCUCGUCAUUUCGCUCUCUGUCCAACCUUGGUGACGAUAACAGUUCUUCUAUGGUCAACAUGGAAACGUCGAUUGAUUCUAUAGGAACCUGUUCUUUGGAUAUGGAAGCAUCGACGGAAUUACAGUCAGAUUGGUCCGAGGUAUCUUCCACCGGAACGUUGCGCAGUGCAAGUGUCUUGACGCCGGCUGACCUACAACAGCAUCAUCUGCCAUCGUACUUGAGUUUGGCCUGCACCGUUAAUGGUUACUCUACUACCACAAACUACGACCCCGUCCGGUUGGCUAGAUCCAGAGAUGCUUCGCCUCAUCGCCUCGAUACUGGAAGUCAUUUGACACCCCCUCAGCCAACGUACAGUGUCACCAAUAAUCUUCUGUCACCGCUAAACCUAGUGCCUCUUCCUACACCGAAGACAAACAUGACAGAGAACGCCCUCCAAACCCAUCACACCCAAAAAUUUUACAAUUCCACACAGACCAUGACGUUUAUGAGUAGCAAAGAGUCUCAUUUCUCAUCUAAUAUUUUUACAAAAGACACAACAGACGGGUGCAUAGGUAACUCUCAUCACACGAUCCAAAGACAGUGUAUGACUUACGAAAGCAAAAAGGUAAGUGGAUUAUCGGAACAAAACAAAUGCAACAUCGAGAGUACCACCAUAAGCAAAGAGUACACUAAUGGAAAAGAAACUAAAUCUUUUAUACAACAGAGAGUGGAAAGACUGUACGGACCUGGAGCUUUGGCACAAGGUUUCUUUGUAUCUAAAAGGAAGAAGAAUCCCCUGUCCGAAUCUGAAGAUACUACGGAUAAAGAAGAUAGGGACGCGCAUAAUAAAACGUUGCCUGACAAAUUUUUAGAUGACGAUGUGGAGCCAUCGAUGAAGCAGAGUUUGAGCAGUCCAUCUUUACCGGUGUUGCGUCAUUUAAGACCCGAAUUUCGAGCUCAGUUGCCUAUCGCUAACUCGAAAAAGACCAAAGAUGUUUCGAUACAAAAAAGUGUUACAGUUCCUAAAUUAACGGAUGAAGUGAAAGUGAAUGGCCAUCAUAAACCAAGUGAGGAAUUUUUAAGUGAACCAUCUGUGAGUCUGCAAAAUGGAAAAAUCCUUGAAGUGCCUAUUAAUGAUGAAUGUUCAUCUAGUGAGAAGGAUGGGCAUUAUUUUAUUAGAAUACUGGAAGAGCAAACCGCCAGAUUAUUGGAAUUAGCCGAUAAGGCUGAAAACGAACUGAAUACACCAAACCUCUCAGAAGAAGUUAUUGGGAAACUUAGAUCUGCGUCUGGAAAAGCAAGACUGUUGGUGUCUCAAAAGAUGCAACAAUUCAAGGGGCUCUGUACAAAUAAUAUAACUCAGAGUGAAGGAGAAGCAUUCCCAACAACAAAUGAAGAUUUACAAGGAUUUUGGGAUAUGGUUAAUUUACAAGUAGAUCAAGUCGAUAAACUUUUUGAAGAAAUUAAUAAAUUGAAAGAAAACAACUGGAAGGAGGAUACAAUUACAAAGGUUGAGAACAAAGUUAAUGGAGCAGCAAAACCCCGAAAAGCUAUUCCAAAACCAAAAGCUUCUGCAGCCAAUGAGGAAGCUCGAAAACAGAGGGAAGAACAGAGAAAAAAAAUGAUUGAAGAGAGGCGGAAAGCUAUGAAAGCUGCUCAACAAUCAAGCCAACCUAGUAUUGAAAUAUAUGUACCAGAAUCUAGCUGAAAUUUGUCAAAUGUUUAGGCAAAAUUUUAAAUUGCAACACUGUGUUAUAAUGAUAUAGCUUGGAACUACUAUUUAAAAAAGUCCUUUAUAAAUAAUAUGCUCACCAAAUAAAAUCUAUGCAAAUUAAAUAAAAUUUAAGUUUUCAAAAUAUACCACUCAACUUAUUUUUUAAAUAUAUAUUUUUGUUAUUAAAAUAUAUUGUAACUUAUAACCUCAAUAUUUAAUAACGUUAAAUUAUAAAAUAUGUAGCAGAUAAUAUAGUUUAUGUUUUUAUACACACAUGCAAAUAAUACAGUAGCUUGAUUAAUUAAAAUUUCUAAAAAGUCACUGAUCUUUGUGAAGCAAUUAUAACGUUAAUAUUAGUUAUGAAAGUAACAGUCAUUUUUAUGCGUUAGAAAUCUCAGUCUAUUGAAAUAAAUUUUUCCAUGUUAUCUUUUUUUUAGGGAAAAUAUAAUAUACAUUUGUUACUGAAAGUAUAAAGCUUGCCAUGCAUUUACGCGAAGCGCGGCGUGGCGAAAAACCGUGCAUUGGAUUGAUUGUAUGUAAUAUAAUGCAGGUCCGCGGACUAGUGCGAAGCAACGUUCCUUGGUUUUGCAUGGUUCUGAUUUUUCGACGCGCCGCGCUUAGCACAAGUGCGCAACAUGUUUAACAUUUUUAUAGUUUUUAUAAAGGGCGAAAGAUAUUAGUUAUAGAAAAUGUGUGAUUAGCAAUAAUUAAGCAAAUAUUAUUUUAUCAUUUAUGUACGUAAAAAGACUGAGUUUUAAAAUUAAAGUGCUACCUUUAUACUGUUCUAUCUAGACAAAUCAUACAUUCCCAGUGCUUUUUAACAAUUUGGAUUUAAUUUGUACCGCAAUUUUGAUGUAGUCAUGGUUGUUGAGAUUAUGGGCUUGGAUUUCUUUUAAUAUUAAUGUAUUGUUUUCUAAGAUUUUUAUAUAUUUAUUUAUUAUGGCUCUAUUUUAGUUUAAAUUUUUCUUACUAUAUUA